AUGGGAACACCACCACGGACCUCAGGGGCCCGGCGGGGCUGGGCUGCUCAGCACCCAGACACCGAGUACACCCUGGACCUAAGUCACUGGAACCCUUUCUCCCGCUUCGACCGCCGUCCAGUGAGCACAGCAUCACCCAUCUCCAUUGCCACUUCCAGCCCCAACCCGUCUCCCAAGCUCCGGAUGCCCACUUACAACUGCCCCCAUGACAGCUCUGCUGGGGUCCCUAAGAGAAUCACGAACAAUACGUCCAUGAGCGCCCGCCAGCAGGAAGCUGCCGCCAAAGAUGACAUGCGGAGACCUUCCGUGCAGAUCAGCACCAAGAGACUGACCACCGGCAAUCGGCCCAAUCCCGAGGCGGCGGCCGGCCCCCCCAAGCCCCAGCCCCGCAAGCCCCGGCCUCCCGCAAGCCCCGGCCUCGAGCCCCCGCCUCUCCGACUCCCCGAAUGCACCGCCCUCCCCGCGCCCCCCGGGCCUUCUCCGGUCCCCUCGUCCCUCCGUUUACCCGGGCCCCGGCCUCCCCUCAGGCCGGCCUCCACCCUCGCCGUCCUCCCAGAACCCGCCCCCUCGCCGUCCCCGUCCCCGGCCUCCCCGGGGCCGCCGGGCUCCCCACAGCCUCCUCCGCCCGCGUCCCCGGCCGGCCUGCACCCCGGCCCUCCCCACAGCGCCAGCCGCCCGGGCCCCUCCCUCAGCCUCCCCACGUCCUCGGCCUCCCGAGCCGCGCGCGGGAGGGGCCCGUCUCCGCCGCACCCGCCGCCCGGGCCGGCUGCUCGGCGCCGCUCGGCCCUCCGCCCGCCGGCCGCGGCCCUGCCAAGCCCCAGAGCCGGGAGGCGACCCGCCCGCCCGCGCCCCGGCCCCCACCCCGGCCCCGCACUCACUCGGACCGCGCUGGCGCCGGGACCGGCGGGCUUGCGCCCUCGGGGCCGUGCUGCGUCGGCGCGGGCCGCGCGUGCGCGGCGACCAGCUGAGGCGCGCGACGCCGCCACGGCGCGCGCCCGGCCGCGUCCCCGAGCCGAGCUUCCGCCUCUCCGGAGGACCGGGCAUGCGCUUGGCGGCCCGCGCAUGCCCAGAACGCCACGGCUCCCGGCUCCCGAGACCGCGCAGGACAACGGCGCCGGGCUUUCGGGGACUGCGCGCGGGCGUGGCGGCCGGUCCCGGGAAGCCUCCGCGCGGGGCGGCCCACCGGCGGCACUCUGGGCGGGCGGGGUCGGGCCCACCUCGGGGAAACCCUCCCCCCCGCCCUGCCCCCACAGCCCGGACGCGGCCCCUUGGCGGGGCCUCCCUCGCCUGCCGCCCUGCAGCCCGGCCCCAGGGCCCGAACCCGCGCGGUCGCGCCCCGCUGUGGGCCGGGGCCUGGCCCGGGUCCUCGCCAGGCUUCCUGCCCACCCCGAGGAGUGA